AUGGGUGCUGGGAGGAUCGCUGCUGGCACAGCGUGGCUGUCUCUCAGGGAGGUGAGUGGGCUUGGUGCGUUUGGGUGGAGUGUGAGACGUAUCAAAAUCAGGAUUGCAGCGUUUCGGAAUAUGGGUGCAGGGAGGAUUGCUGCAGGCACACUAUGGCUGUCGCUCAGGGAGUGGGUGGGAACACUGGCAGGUGUGUCUUCGCCCCCGCUCCCCUCUUCGCCCUCCUUCCCCUCCUCCUCGUCCCUCCCCCAUCAGAUGGCUGUGAUCUCAAUAGCUUUUGAGAAUUCUCAAAAGUCGCACCAGAUAGCUGUGAUCUCGAUAGCUGUGAUCUCAAUGCCUGUGAUCUCGGUGCGCAUGGCGCUGGAGCAUUCUACCUUGAUGGCCGUGAUGUCAGUGCGCAGGGCGCUGGAGCACUUUUAUCUCGCUCGCUCCGUGUCUGCCCGGUGGCUGUGGAAGCUGACCAAAGACCCCACUCAGUCAGCCAUUCGCAAAGUCGGCAGGGGACUCACCGGCUUGGGUUUAAUCACAUCCGUUACAAUCACCAACGUCAGAGCACACUUCCUGAGCCCACUAUCCAGUGUAGCAGUGCAGCUUAUAACGGAUACCCUCACUGCCUUCCACCGCCUACUCUUCCCUCCACCACCACCACAAGCGGGUCAGGGGCUCGCUAUAAGCCCUGUGAGGGCUACAGGAGUGCAGAUCGUGUGGCUAGUAAAGCGAACGCUCAGCUACUCGCUCAAGCUCGUGUUCUCAACUGCCUCUGGAGCACUGCUAUCGGCGGUGUGUGUGCGAUACGUGGGACCCUGGACCACAAGCUAUGCCUACAUCCUAGGAGACAUGUUUGUCUACCAGACUGCCUCGACUCUCAUCGACCCUCUGCUCUUUUCUGCCACCACUUAG